CUUGAUUAAUAAUGCACACAGUUUUCAGCCAGUGAUCUCUCGAGUUCUGUUGGAGGCUUAUCCUCGUUAGGUUUAGAGCGCAAAAGGCAAACCGCGUGCAUGAUGACGAAGUGAAGCAUAACUUUCAUUAAAGCAGCGCACUGGUUAAAUGGGCCAAUUAUUGAAACGAUCAAUAAUUAUGCUGUAAGGCAGGACAACCAAGUGAUAUUUAUCGCUUUGGACGCUCCCUUAUAUAUUAAUGUAAGAGUGCGUCUGUAUUUCUGCUUGGUUAAAUAUAAAUACCUCAACGACCCCCUCUCAACCAAACCAUAUGGAAAACUUCAAAAGAUAUUAUUGCAUACAGGACUAAAUACACCCAAAACAUCUUGGUUGCAAUAAAGUCACACCCCGCCAGCCAAAAUGACGUCGAUCGGAAAAGAACUGUAUGCUAUCCAGCCCGGUGCUCGCAUUUUGGUUACAGGUGCCAAUGGCUAUAUUGGCUCGCAAAUCGUCCAGCUACUUUUAUCCCUUGGGUAUGUUGUGCGAGGAACCGUGCGGUCUCAGAAACCGUGGCUCGAAGACCUUUUCAACUCCAAAUAUGGGCGCAAUAAAUUUGAGUCGGUUGUUGUCCCGAACCUGAGUGACCGUGAGGCUCUAAGUAAGGUACUGGGGGGCAUUAGUGGAAUCGUCCACGUGGCUUCAGACAUAUCGUUUAGCGCAAAUGCUGCGGAGGUUAUUACGAAUGUUGUCUCGGCCACCGAGGCUAUUUUAGAAGCUGCCGCCCAACAGCCAGAAAGAUCUAUCAAGAGAGUCGUGCUAACUUCGUCGUCUUCUGCGGCGCUAACACCACAACCUGGCGUCGAAGGAAUUGUGGUCACUCAGGGUAGCUGGAACGACGCAGCAGUGAAAGCCGCUUGGGACGAAAAUACACCGGCAAAUGCCAAGCCGCUCGCUGUCUACGCUGCAUCCAAGACGGAGGGCGAACGAGCUGCAUGGAAAUGGGUUGAAAAUAAGAAGCCUUAUUUCGUGUUCAAUACGGUCUUGCCCAAUUAUACUCUCGGAACAAUCCUCCAUCCGGAAAUAGCUGGUUCGACUAUGAAAUGGGCGGCUGACCUGCUUAAGGGUGACAGCGUAGCUCUUGGAUUUUCUUCACAGUGGUACGUCAACGUUGUUGAUGUGGCACGUGUACAUGUUAUUGGUCUUCUUCAUCCUGAAGUCAAAUCCGAACGUUUGUUUGCUUUUGCCUCGCCUUUUACUUGGAACGAGGUUGUCGGCAUUCUACGAAAACUCCGUCCAGAAAACACCGGGAUCACCAAUCCCCCAGAAAAUGAGCUCCCAGACUCGAGUGACAUCGUUCCAUCUAAGAGAGCGGAGAGCUUGCUAAAGUCAUUUUUCGGGCGACCUGGCUGGGUUGGAUUAGAGGAAUCGAUCCAGGAUGGAAUUGAUAGUCUUGGGUACUAAGUGCUCAAAAGGCUUAGACGUUCAUGCGGCUACACUACCAUUUGUGAACAGCCAACUGUAUUGAAUCUCUAUUUACUAUAAUCUGAUGAUAUACAUCAGUCGGUCUUCCUCUUACCGCAAAAAAAAGUUCACCGCGGAUGAGUCCGUUUGAUGGUUUCCUAACAGCUUCGCCUAUCUCUAAACUAUGUAUUUAGUAUCUAACAAAAGGCAACGCAAUGUGAGAAAGAUAAUCCCUUCCG